AUAAAAAACAAUGAUUUGGUAAUGACGAUAAUUGGAAGUGGAUGAAAACAGAGUUGCAUUAGCAUUGCCGGGUUGGUUGUUGCAGUUUUUUUGUUCUUUCCAACAAGCAUAGGAGUUUGGCGGUGACAGACAGACAACCAUGGCCGACCACUCCGACGACCUCGACCAACUCCUCGACAGCGCUUUAGAUGAUUUCCAAACCCUCAACCUAAAUUCAUCCCUUCCAAGGUCUCUCUCUCUCUCUCUCUCUCUCUCUCUCUCAUUCACUCUUUUGCAAUAUUUUCAUUUUUUUUUACUUCUUUACUCCAAUCUCAAACACUCUUUCUUUGUUUAUUUAUGUGUUGUUAUUAGAACCGGGGAACAAACUUCAAAGAAAAAUGAGUCUCCUUCUUUACCCUCAGGGGUUCAAGGAUUGGGGUUAGGUUUACCUGAUUUGAGAACAAAGAAAAAGGGUAAACAAAAGGUUUCCAAAGAUGCUCAUGUAUCUGAAGCUCUCAACAAGCUUAGGGAGCAAACUAAAGAGGCAGUUAAAGGCCUUGAAUUCAUCACCCCGCCCGGUGCCGGUGUUGCUGAUGAUUUUGGUAAAGAUGGCAUGAUGGAGGAUUGGGUUAAACAGUUUGAAGAACUUGCUGGCUCUCAGGACAUUGAAUCUAUUAUGGAGACCAUGAUGCAACAACUUCUGUCCAAGGAAAUACUUGCUGAACCAAUGAAGGAAAUUGGAGAAAGGUAUCCUAAGUGGUUGGAAGAGCAUAAAGCCAGCUUAAGCAAAGAAGAUUACGAACGGUAUUCAACCCAAUACGGUCUGAUACGGAAUCUUAGUGAAGUUUAUGAAAAAGAUUCUGGAAACUUCACCAAGAUUUUUGAGCUCAUGCAGAAAAUGCAAGACUGUGGACAACCUCCAAAUGAUAUUGUCCAGGAGCUUGCUCCCGAUUUCGAUUUAGCCAGCCUUGGCCAGUUAUCUCCAGAAAUGCUCGACGCAUCUCAGCCAAAUUGUGCAAUAAUGUGAAGUUUUUUCCUCCCUCUUAUUACAUAGCAGCUGCUGGUUUGCAGAUUCUCAGGAACAUUUUUUUUUUACUUGUCAGAAUAAUAUAGUUUUAUCAUUAAGAUUGUUCUUUUCCUGCUUAUUGUACGGUUAAAGGAUCUCGCACUUUUUUAUAGCCUCCCUUCAAGAUUGUAUAUGAUCCAAGGAUUUGUCCAUUCACAUUUUAUUAGACCAAUGAUAGUGCGACGAGCUGCUAGUUGCAAACAAAAUUUACUUUAUGAUAAGUUUAAAAUAAUUUCUUAUUUAA